AUGCAACUAUUGCUUGUGGUGGCCACGGUCGCGAUUUGCGCCUGCAGCGGCAUUGCUGAAGCACAACAGGGCGUCGAUCCCGCCUAUUUGCGUCAGUAUUACCAACAAUUGCAGCAGCAACAACAACAGCAGCAGCAACAACAACAGGUCAACGAUGGCACUCCCAUAUAUGAGCAGAACUCGGAACAGACACAACAAUAUGUGAGUGCGGGUCAACAAAUACGGCUGAAGGAUACGGUGGCCGAGCAAAUACGCGCGCAACAGGCGCAAGGAUAUGUGGCACCAGCAGUAAGGGAUUAUUAUCAGUCGCAGCCACAGCAGGCGAUCUACCGACAACCGCAGGCGGCGCCUCCAGCUCGUCGCGUCCAGCCAGCCUACCAAGCGGCCGCAUCGCCGCUGCUCAGCAAAGGACACAGCAAGCUGCAACAGCAACAGCAUCUGCAGCAGCAACAGCAGCAGCAGCAGGCGGAGGAGGAGGAAUACGAUGAUCAAAAUUCCUCGUAUCAGUUUGGCUUCGAUGUGAAAGACGAUGAGUUCACCAACUAUCAGAACCGCAAGGAAGUACGCGAUGGUUCCGUCAUCAAAGGCAGCUACUCAGUAGUCGAUUCCGAUGGGUUUAUACGCACUGUCAAGUAUACAGCUGAUCCCAAGGAGGGUUUCAAGGCGGAAGUCAUACGCGAACCCACCGACAUUGUCGUGAAGAUCCCAACACCGGCCCCUCAGCAACUGCUGCGCGCAGGCGGCCACAAGUUGCAACAACAAGACUAUAGUGCCAAGCAGCAAUACCAUCAGCCCCAACAACAGCAGCCCCAAUACCAUCAAUACCAGUAG